AUGUACUCAGGAAAUCUAACGUCAAACACCAAUUUCAUCCUGGUGGGGCUCUUUGGUUCAGCAAAUUAUGCAGUCUUUCUGUACAGUCUGUCCUUCAUCCUUUUCUUGAUGGCCCUGGUUGGGAAUGCCCUACUUAUCCUCCUCAUUCACAGAGAUCCCCACCUGCACUCCUCCAUGUACUUUUUCAUCAGCCAGCUCUCGCUCAUGGAUCUCAUGUACAUAUGUGUGACUGUCCCCAACAUGCUUCUGGGUGAGGUCACAGGAAAUAACGAAAUUUCCCCUUUAGGCUGUGGAGUCCAGAUGUUCUUCUAUCUGACACUUGUCGGAGCUGAAUUUUUCCUCCUUGCUGCCAUGGCCUAUGAUCGGUACACAGCUAUCUGCAAGCCUCUCCAUUAUCCACUGCUCAUGAACCAGAGAGCUUGCCAGCUCCUCGUGUCUGGAUGCUGGUUCCUGGGAACGGUUGAUGGGGUGUUGCUCACCCCAGUUACUAUGAGUUUCCCCUUUUGUCAGUCCAGGAAAAUUAUGAAUUUCUUUUGUGAGGCUCCUACCCUGCUGAAGCUCUCUUGCUCUGACAUUUCCCUGUACAAAACCCUCAUGUACGUGUGCUGUGUUCUUAUGCUCCUCAUCCCUUUCUCCAUCAUCUCUGCCUCAUAUGCUCUCAUUCUGCGUCUUAUCCACAGGAUGAAUUCUGCCGAGGGUCGCAGGAAGGCUCUUGCUACCUGCUCCUCACACAUGGUGGUUGUACUGCUCUUUUUUGGUGCCUCCAUCUACACUUAUCUGCUCCCCAGAUACUACCACACAGCUAAGCAGGACAUGUUGGUAUCUGCAUCUUACACAAUCAUGACCCCUGUGCUGAACCCCCUCAUUUACAGCUUCAGGAACAAAGAUGUCACAGGGGCUCUGAGAAGCCUCAUACCAUCAGGAAUGAAAUGGAGAAAAGUUGUAAAUAUUAAAACUUAG